AUGGAUACCCUGGACAAAGGGAUGAUUCAUGUCAUGGGAAACCAGAUCCAGAUGCUGCCCAGGGGCAACAAUUCCAUAUCUGGCCCAGCAGGCUCUGCAGCCUCAGAGGAGAGCACUGCUCACUGCUCAGACAGCAGACAGCUCUGCCUGGUGAACGGGGGAAGUCACUGUGCCGGCAGAGUGGAGAUCCUUCACCAGGGCUCCUGGGGCACCAUCUGUGAUGACAGCUGGGACCUGAGUGAUGCCCAAGUGGUAUGCAGACAGCUGGGCUGUGGAGAGGCCUUCGAUGCCACCAUCUCUGCUUACUUUGGGGCGGGAUCAGGCCCCAUCUGGCUGGACGACCUGAAAUGCACAGGAAAGGAGUCCCAUGUGUGGAAGUGCCCUUCCAGAGGCUGGGGACAGCAGAAUUGCAACCACCAGGAGGAUGCAGGGGUCAUCUGCUCAGGAUUUGUGCAUCUGGUUGGAGGGGAUGGACCCUGCUCAGGGCAAGUAGAAGUGCAUUCUGGGAGAGACUGGACUCCAGUGUCUGAUGGGAACUUCACACUCCCCACUGCCCAGGUCAUCUGUGAGGAGCUGGGGUGUGGCAAGGCUGUGUCUGUCCUGGGGGAUGUGCCCUUCAGAGAGUCAGAUGGACGAGUCUGGGCUGAAGAGUUCUGGUGUGAGGGGCAGGAGCCUGAGCUCUGGUUCUGCCCCAGAGUGCCCUGUCCAGGAGGCUCUUGCCACCACAGUGGGGCUGUUCAAGUUGUCUGUUCAGAGUACACAGAAGUCCGGCUCAUGAAAAAUGGCACCUCUCAGUGUGAGGGACAAGUGGAGAUGAAUAUUUCUGGAGAAUGGAGAACGCUCUGUGCCUCCCACUGGAGCAUGGCCAAUGCCAAUGUUGUCUGUCAUCAGCUCAGCUGUGGAGUCGCCAUCUCUACCCCAAAAGAAACAUACUUUGUGGAAGGAGGUGACCAGGUCUGGGAAGCCCAAUUUCACUGCUCAGGGGCUGAGUCCUUCCUGUGGAAUUGCCCUGUGACUGCCCUGGGCAUUCCUGACUGUACCCAUGGAAACACAGCCUCUGUGAUCUGCUCAGGAAACCAGACCCAGGUGCUGCCUCAGUGCAAUGACUCUGUGUCCAAACCAGCAGGCUCUGCAGCCUCAGAGGAGAGCGCUGCCCACUGCUCAGACAGCAGACAACUCCGCCUGGUGGACGGGGGUGGUCCCUGUGCUGGCAGAGUGGAGAUCCUUCACCGGGGCUCCUGGGGCACCAUCUGUGAUGACAGCUGGGACCUGAACGAUGCCCAUGUGGUGUGCCGACAGCUGGGCUGUGGAGAGGCCCUCAAUGCCACAGUCUCUGCUCACUUUGGGGCAGGAUCAGGGCCCAUCUGGCUGGACGACCUGAACUGCAGAGGAAAGGAGUCCCACGUGUGGAAGUGCCCUUCCCCAGGCUGGGGGCAGCACGACUGCAGGCACAAGGAGGACGCAGGGGUUAUCUGCUCAGAGUUCCUGGCCCUCAGGAUGGUGAGUGAGGACCAGGAGUGUGCUGGGUGGCUGGAAGUUUUCUACAACGGGACCUGGGGCAGUGUCUGCCGCAACCGCUUGGAAGCCAUGACCUUGUCCAUGAUCUGCAGACAGCUUGGCUGUGGAGACAGUGGGACCCUAAAUACUUCUGUUGCCUUUAGAGAAGGUUCUAGACCACGAUGGGUAGAUGGAAUCCAGUGUCGGAAAACUGAUAAGUCCCUCUGGCAGUGUCCUUCCGACCCUUGGAAAUACAGUUCAUGCCCUCCAACACAGGAAGCUUAUAUCACGUGUACAGGAAUGAGACCCAAGAGCUGUCCAACUGCUGCCCCCUGCACAGACAAAGAGAAGCUCCGACUCAGAGGAGGAGACACCAAGUGCUCAGGGCGAGUGGAGGUUUGGCACAAUGGCUCCUGGGGUACAGUAUGUGAUGACUCCUGGAGCCUGGCAGAAGCCGAGGUGGUGUGUCAGCAGCUGGGCUGUGGCUCUGCUCUGGAUGCCCUGCAAAAGGCAGCAUUUGGCCUGGGAAAUGGGAGCAUCUGGCUGGAUGAAGUGCAGUGCAGGGGCAGGGAGUCCUCCCUGUGGGCCUGUGCUGCGGAGCCCUGGGGGCAGAAUGACUGCAAGCAUGAGGAGGAUGCUGGAGUGAGGUGCUCUGGCUUAUGACCCUCUCUGAAACCACAUGGCCCUCUUCUCUCCUCAGGCACCAAUUCAGGCUCAGCUCCUGUCCCUGGCUUCUUCUCCCUACCUGGGAUCUUCUGUAUCAUACUGGGGGCCCUUCUUUUCCUGGUCUUUAUCAUCCUGGGAAUUCAGCUGCACAGACGGAGAGCAGAGCAUCAAGCCUUAUCUACUUUUGAAGAUGCUGUUGAUGAGCCCUUGUACCAAGAGAUUGAUUACAUCAUAAAACCAGAGGAAGACCUGUUGGACAGCCCAGAUAACCUGUCUGAUGACUCAGUGACUAAGCUGCCAUAUUACCCAGGGGACAACAAGCAGACUGGAGACCCUGAAUCUGCCCCAGAGCCUCCAGGACAGCAUGUCAAUGCCACAGGAAAUGGUUAUGAUGAUGUUGAAGAGUCAUUUGUUCCUGAAAUUCCUUCUUUCCCUGGGAUGAGUGAGAAUUAUUUUUCCCCAGAGGAGGGAGAUAGUGCCAGGUAUUCCCAGACAGACAUCUCUCUACAGUCUCCUAGAGAAGCUGUCAACUAUAGCAUAGAAGAGAAAGAACCCUCAUUGGUCCUGAGACAAGAAGACCCUGCGUAUGAUGAUGUUGAGCUUAGCACCAUAUAGUGCCAUUUUUGGAGCAAGUAACUCUUCAAAGAAUCUCUGUAACGUUG